AACGGCACGCCAAUCAACCCAUUCCUCUGCUUUUGUAUAUCACCUCAAGAGACUCCACGGUGUUUCAUCAGUGAGGACUGGAAUGUGAACAAAGUAACACAACACAGCCAACCAGACGAGAGGUGAACAAAACUAUGACUCCUUCCCUAAUUCCGAAACUGCCCAACGUCAGGAUUUCUCACUAGCGCCUAGAACACUGAUUCUGUCAGCCUGGUCUGUUGAGGGGACGCUUUUUGGACCAAUGCAGACCCCCCCUCAGUUCCUCACUGUCAGUGCCUGUGCGUGGGUCAGCAGUUUUUGCCGCUUUCGGGGUAUUGGAACCAGUGAAAAUUUGGACGUGCUGGAAAAGAUGUCAGUCAGCGUUCAUGAAAACCGCAAGUCCAGGACGAGCACAGGCUCUAUGAAUAUUUCGCUCUUCCACAAGCCAUCUCAUCCAGACAGUGUGCUCACCCACCUCAAUACCCUGCGCAAACAGUGCAUGUUCACAGAUGUGACACUAUGGGCAGGCGACCGCUCCUUUCCCUGUCACAGAGCUGUGCUUGCUGCUUGCAGUCGCUACUUUGAAGCCAUGUUUAGCGGUGGCCUUCGUGAAAGCCUUGACAGUGAGGUUAACUUUCGAGACAGUGUUCACCCAGAAGUUCUGGAGCUGCUGUUGGAUUUUGCUUACUCCUCACGUGUCAUCAUCAAUGAGGAGAACGCAGAGUCACUUCUCGAGGCUGGAGAUAUGCUGCAGUUUCAUGACAUCCGUGAUGCAGCAGCAGAAUUUUUAGAGAAGAAUUUGUAUGCUUCUAACUGCUUAGGGAUGAUGCUGCUUUCCGACGCCCAUCAGUGCAAGCGCCUUUAUGAACUGUCGUGGAGGAUGUGCCUCAUCCACUUUGAGACUCUUCGAGACACUGAAGACUUCUGUGGGCUCUCGAAAGACAAGCUUUUGGAUCUCAUUCUUAGUGAUGAGCUGGAGGUUGAAGAUGAACAAAUUGUGUUCAAUGCAGUCAUGCGCUGGGUUAGGUAUGACCUAGACAGCCGCAGAGACUACCUUCCUGAACUGCUGCGAGGUCUACGCCUUGCACUGCUACCCUCAGAAUGCCUCAUUGAGGCUGUAGCAUGUGAGGAACUUGUGAUGUCAGAUAAAAGGAGCCGACAGAUUGUUGAUGAGGCCAUGCAGUGCAAGAAAAAGAUUCUGCAGAAUGACGGCGUUGUCACCAGCCCAUGCGCUAGGCCUCGCAAGGCUGGGCACACACUGCUCAUUCUUGGGGGUCAGACAUUUAUGUGUGAUAAGAUCUACCAAGUGGAUCAUAAAGCAAAAGAGAUCAUCCCUAAAUCAGAUCUUCCCAGUCCCAGGAAGGAGUUCAGUGCAUGUGCCAUUGGCUGCAAAGUUUAUGUGACAGGAGGAAGGGGGUCGGAAAAUGGGGUGUCGAAGGAUGUUUGGAUAUAUGACACAGUACAUGAAGAAUGGUCAAAAGGUGCCCCUAUGCUAAUUGCACGUUUUGGACAUGGCUCAGCUGAACUUGAAAACUGCCUUUAUGUUGUUGGGGGUCACACUGCUAUAGCAGGUGUCUUCCCAGCCUCCCCAUCAGUAUCUCUCAAACAGGUUGAGCGGUAUGACCCCCUAACCAACAAAUGGACAAUGAUGGCACCACUCAGGGAUGGUGUCAGCAAUGCAGCAGUGGUCAGCGCCAAGCUAAAACUCUUUGUGUUUGGUGGAACAACCAUACACAGGGACAAGGCUUCAAAGGUCCAAUGCUAUGACCCUGUUGAGAACCGUUGGACUAUAGCUGCUGAAUGCCCGCAACCCUGGAGAUACACCGCCGCUGCUGUCCUUGGCAGUCAGAUAUUCAUAAUGGGUGGUGAUACAGAGUUCACCGCAGCAUCCGCUUACCGAUUUGAUUGUGAGUCCAAUCAAUGGACGCGUGUUGGUGACAUGACUUCUAAAAGAAUGAGCUGCCAUGCUGUGGCCUCUGGUAAUAAACUCUAUGUGGUCGGCGGAUACUUUGGUACACAGCGGUGUAAAACCCUGGAUUGCUAUGAUCCAACAUCAGAUAGCUGGAACAGUAUCACUACCGUGCCUUACUCACUGAUUCCAACUGCAUUUGUUAGUACCUGGAAACAUCUUCCUGCCUAGAUGCCUCCAUUUGAAGUGA